AAAAGUUCGUUAUUAUAAAUAGAGCACGAUGCGCCCCGAGGCAACGUAACCGUCUAGAAAAUAAAAAAAAAAAAGGGAAAAAUCCUUGCUUUCGACUUCUUUAACCCAAAAAAGAACAAACACUCACACAAAAACAAAUAAUGGCUGCUCUUUCUCAACUUUUAGCUCAUCUCUACACCAUGACCUUAGUCUUCUUCACCAUUCUAAUACUCGAACUCGUCAUCUUUAUACGUUCCAUAACUGACGCAAUUUACGACUCCGGUCGCGACAAAAACCGGCCCAUCACAACCAAGCAAUAUCUCAAGCUUAUCGACGAAAAAAACCCGGUCACCCGGUUCAAGAACACUACUAUGACUACUAGUACAUGUGCGGUUUGUUUGUGUACAUUUGAGGAGGGUGAAGAAGUAAGGGAGUUAAUAAAAUGCAACCAUAUAUUUCAUAAAGAUUGUUUGGACACGUGGCUCCAGAAAGAUUCUGCCACGUGUCCGUUGUGUCGGAGUAAGGUAUUGCCGGAGGAAAUUGUGGUGAAGUUCCGGCAACACCGAAAUGGCCAGCAGACGGAGUAUGAAGGGAGUGAUGAAGAGGUGAUUUUCUUGUUAUCUGCAUUACAUGGUAAUUAUAUGCGUAGAUUUUUGUAAAUUGUUGUGAAAUUUUGUAUAUUUUGUUUUCUUCUUUUUUGUGCAUAUAACAGAUUUAGGAUGUUUAAAAAAAACAUAGAAAGCAAUAAUUGACUUCGGUUCAUACACUUGGAGCUCUCUGAGUGGCCAAGUCUUCUAUAUUACAAAAGCACUGGCUGACACUUUAUCU